AUGGCAUCAUCUUUGGAUAAAUUAGCAUCUUAUUUGACGAAUUAUAAUAUUGUAAAUUCUGAAUUUCAAGCCUAUGAUAUGGAUAAAAUUCAGUUACUAACCCGUAAAGGAAAUUUUCCAUAUGAGUACUUGGAUUGUAGAUUAAAACUUAAUGAGGAACAACUACCGCCAAUAGAGAAAUUUUACAGUACCUUAAAUGAUUCAAAUAUAAGUAAUGAAGAUUAUCUACAUGCACAAGAGGUUUGGUCUGCAUUUAAUUGCAAAAAUAUCGGUGAUUAUGUAUAUUUAUACAGGAAAACAGACAUUUUAUUACUUGCAGAUGUUUUUGAAAAUUUUAGAGACCAAUGUCUUGAUGCAUAUGGUUUAGAUCCAGCUCACUAUUAUACAACUCCAGGAUUGAGUUGGGAUGAUAUGCUAAAGUAUACAAAUGUUGAGUUGGAACUUCUUACAGAUAUUGACAUGAUCAUGUUUAUUGAACGUGGCAUUAGGGGUGGGAUUAGCCAAUGUUCAAAUAUAUAUGCUCAUGCUAAUAAUCAUUAUAUGAAGAAUUAUAAUGAAAAGGAAGAAACAUCUUACAUUGUGUACUUGGACGCUAAUAACCUUUAUGGUUGGGCUAUGGUACAAGCACUUCCCUACGGUGGUUUUGAGUGGGUAAAAAAUAUAGAUAAUACAUUUAACUUUAAUAUCCCUGAUGAUUCACCUUUUGGUUACAUAUUAGAAGUGGAUUUAGAUUACCCUCAUGAAUUGCAUAACAGUCAUAGUGACUUACCAUUUUGUCCUGAACACUCAAAGCCACCUGGAUCAAAACAAUCGAAGCUGUUAACUACUCUCUUACCGAAACAAAAGUAUAUAAUCCAUUAUCGUGCACUUAAACAAGCAUUAGCACAUGGUAUUAAACUUAAUCAUAUACAUCGAAUUUUAAAAUUUAAACAGUCCACUUGGUUAAAAAGUUAUAUUGAUUUUAAUACUAUGAUGCGAACAAAUGCUAAAAAUGAGUUUGGAAAAAAUUUGUUCAAACUUAUGAAUAAUGCUGUUUAUGGCAAGACUAUGGAAAAUGUACGAAAGCAUGUAGAUGUCAAGCUUGUGACAAAGUGGGAGGGUAGGUACGGCGCCGAGGCUCUUAUAUCAAAACCAAACUUCCACACAAGAGCUAUCUUUAAUGAUAACUUGAUUGCUGUGGAACUCACAAAAACGGAAGUGUUUAUGAAUAAGCCAAUCUAUAUUGGACUUAGCGUUUUAGAUAUUUCUAAAACAUUAAUCCUUGUGUAUAAAAUUAAAUGUGCAGAUAUCUACUCUGAUAUGAAGGUAGAUAUUUGCAAAUUUGAUACAUCAGAUUACCCAGCUAAUAAUGUAUAUGGCAUUCCGCAAGCUAACAAAAAAGUCUUGGGUCUCAUGAAAGAUGAGUGCAGUGGGAAAAUUGUAACAGAAUUUGUUGGAUUGCGGAGUAAAAUGUACAGUCUUCGCGUUGAAGGUCAAGAUUUUAUAAAAAAAGUUAAAGCUUUAAGUCCAUUUGAUGAUAAGAGAUAUUUAUUAAAAAAUAGUACAGACACUCUCGCUUGGGGACAUUGUAAUAUUGUAAACCAUGAUGAUGAUGAUGAUGUAGAAAUGUUACAAGUCUGA